UCAUGUGACGGGCGCAGUAGUAAGGCAGGUGCCUGGGGCUCGUGGCAGAGGGGCUGGCGCUUGGCUGCCGCCCGCGCUGCCUCCGCCGCGCCGCGCCUCGCCCGGGCUCGCUUCGCAGGCUGCGCCGCCGCCGCCGCCACUCGCGAGCUGGAUGGCGUGGGACAUGUGCAGCCCGGACGCCGCCUGGACCGAGCUCGAGUGUGCUGCUCUGGUUGGUGAAGACCAGCCUCUCUGCCCCGAUCUUCCAGAACUUGACCUUUCGGAAUUGGACGUGAAUGACUUGGAUGCAGACAGCUUUCUGGGUGGACUCAAGUGGUACAAUGACCAAUCAGAAAUAAUUUCCAAUCAGUAUCCCAAUGAAUCGUCGAAUAUUUUUGAGAAAAUAGAUGAAGAAAAUGAAGCCAACUUGCUAGCAGUCCUCACAGAGACAUUGGACAAUAUCCCUGUGGACGAAGAUGGAUUGCCUUCAUUUGAGGCGCUGACGGAGGGGCAUGUGACCAAUGAAAACGAUGCUAACUCUUCACCAGCAUCCAACAGCAACCCUCCACCACAGGAGGCGGAAGAGCCAUCUCUACUUAAGAAGCUCCUGUUGGCUCCGGCUAACACCCAACUAAAUUACAAUGUGUGCAGGGGCCUCAGCACACACAACCAUGCAAACACCAAUCACAGGAUCAGAGCAAGCCCUGUGCCGGUUAAGAGCGAGAAUUCAUGGAGCAAUAAAGCAAAGAGCGUUUGUCAACCACAGAAGCCACAGAGACGUCCCUGCUCUGAGCUUCUCAAGUAUCUGACUACAAACGAUGAUCCUCUGCAAACCAAACCAACAGAGAACAGGAACAGCAACAGAGACAAAUGCACCUCUAAAAAGAAGGCUCUCUUGCAGUCCCAGAUGCAUCCUUUGCAAGCCAAACAAAUGAGUUUAUCGCUUCCUUUGACGCCUGAGUCACCAAACGAUCCCAAGGGUUCCCCAUUUGAGAACAAGACUAUUGAACAAACUUUAAGUGUGGAACUCUCUGGAACUGCAGGCCUUACUCCACCUACAACUCCUCCUCACAAAGCCAACCAAGACAACCCUUUUAGGACUUCGCCAAAGCCAAAGUCAUCGUGCAAGACUGUUGUGCCCCCUUCCUCAAAACCCCGCUGUAGUGAGUCUUCCAGCUCUGAAGGACAUAACUUGCUUCAGAAGGGCCCAAAGCAGUCGGAGCUGUACUCACACCUUAGCAAGACAGCUGUCCUGUCUGUUGGCCAUGAGGAGAGGAAGACAAAGCGACCUGGCUUGCGGCUGUUUGGUGACCAUGACUACUGUCAGUCUGUUAACUCAAAAACAGAAGUACGUCUCAACCUAUCCCAGGAACUUCAGGAUUCCGGACAAGUAGAAUUGAAAGGCUGCAUGCCUGGGCGGCUAUGUCCUAUUUGUUCUCCUUUGGAACCACCCAAUCCAUACAGCAAGCGAGAGAUUUCACAGGUGACCCAGCAGGAUUUUCAGUGCAACAACCGGAAACAGCUCCAAGAUCAGGAAAUUCGGGCUGAACUUAAUAAGCACUUUGGUCACCCUAGCCAAGCUGUUUUUGAGGAAGAGACCACUAAGAGCGGUGAACUGAGGGACAUCAAUUAUAACAAAGGACAAUUCUCCAGACUCCCUAUGUUUCUAAAUUCAGGGCUGGUAAUGGAUGGUCUUUUUGAUGACAGUGAAGACAAAAGUGACAAACUGUGCUGCUCAUGGGAUGGGACACAAACCUACUCCUUGUUUGACCUAUCACCUUCUUGCUCUUCCCUUAACUCUCUGUGCAGAGAUUCAACGUCUCCAUCCAAAUCCUUUCUUUCUCAAAGAUUCCAAAGGGUACGGUCUCGAUCAAGGUCCUUUCCUCAGCGCAGGUCUUCUUCCCGUUCUCCAUAUUCCCGAUCAAGGUCAAGGUCACCAUGCAGUAGAUCCUCUUCAAGAUCUUAUUACUACGAAUCUGGUCAUUGUAGACCCCGGGCAUACAAAAGUUCUCCCUUGUAUUCAAGAUCACGAUCCAGAUCACCAUAUAGUCGUAGACCUCGAUAUGACAGCUAUGAGGAAUAUCAGCAUGAAAGACUGAAGAGGGAGGAAUACCGCAAAGAGUAUGAAAAAAGGGAAUCCGAAAGGGCCAAACAAAGGGAGAGGCAGAGGCAGAAAGCAAUUGAAGAACGGCGUGUAAUUUAUGUUGGGAAAAUUGGACCUGACACCACCCGAGCAGAACUGAGAGACCGGUUUGAAGUUUUUGGCGAAAUUGAGGAGUACACAAUAAAUCUACAGGAUGAUGGGGAUAGCUAUGGUUUCAUCACCUAUCGCUACACCUGCGACGCUUCUGCUGCUCUGGAGAACGGACACGCUUUGCGCAGGUCCGACGAACCUGACUUCGAGUUGUAUUUUUGCAGACACAAACAGUUUUGCAAGUCUAACUAUGCAGACCUAGAUUCAAACUCUGAUGAUUUUGAUCCUGCUUCUACUAAGAGCAAGUAUGACUCCAUGGAUUUUGACAGUUUGCUUAAAGAGGCACAGCGAAGCUUACGGAGGUAACGUACAUCGUGGCCAAGGAUAACGGACGGAUGGCCAAUACCUCAUGGACAUCAUGUCCUUCAAUAACGGACAAUGAAGAAAGUCAUGCUUACAGAUUUCUCCUACUCUGCACUCUCUCUAUUGAAAACAUGGUUUACAUGGACACAGCAGCUUAAAGAAUGAAGAAACAAAUCAGUCUCGUUUGAGCAUGUACCCCUAGGUCUCAGGGCAAAGAGGAUGAGAGUUUGAUUUUCAUAGAGAGUGCCAAGUGGAAACCACUUGAAAUGGCAGCAGUUCCAUAGAGAUACACUUAAAAAAAUGAGAACUUCAAAAUGUGUACAUAAGACAUUUUCAAAACAAAGCAAAUUCAAAACUUCAGCUGCUGACGUCUGAAAGAGAUGUGUAUUGGUUCUUUAUUUUUAAAUGAGCUUCUCACAACAUGUUUUAAUAUGAUGACAAUCCUGAAGAAUACUACAGUUCCUGCAAAACCCACCAUCUCUCUCUGUUGUGCUUUUCCUGUGAAGGCAAAAAAAGAUAAAUAUGGAAGGGUGAAAAACUUCUGUGGCAUUUUAAAAGUUUCGUCUUUUUAAUUGUGACAUCUGUGUCAGUGUCCAAAAUGUUUAUCUCACAUGGAGAAAUUUUUGGGCCCCCCAUUAACUGUCAACAUUAUCCAUUGGAUAAGCUGCCAUGAGUUGAGGGGAUGUCUUGGGUAUAUGGGUUGGGGGUGGAUGGACAGUUGUUUUAUUCACUACAUUUGAGAAUGUAGUUGAGUAUUUACAGAUGUUAAAUGGAGUAUUUUUAUUUUGUGUACAUACCAUAUGACGAGAAAAUGCAUUUUUUUUGGUUACAGCUAUGCACUGUAAAUGCAGCCUUCUUUUAAAAAAAACUGCUGAAUUUUUUCUUAAUCAAGAAUAUUCAAAUGUAAUUAUACAAAGCAAAACAAUAUUGUACACUAACCUAUUUAGAAAGCUGAACUUAGGCUUAUAUAUAUUUGAUUGUAAAAAAGAGAAGUGUGCGAGUGUGAGUGAAUGUGUUGAGUGCAGAAAUAUCAAUGCUUUACGCACAUCAUACAUCCCUCCUUUAAUGGGUUUAGAAAAAUUGGCCAUGACUCUUGCUGAAGUCAAGCGCUUUGAAGUCCUGUUUAUUCAUUAGCCUGGGUGUAGUAUAGCUGCUCUAGUCCUCCAUUGCUGUACCCAUCUUUCUCCUAGGAGUGGGGCAUCACCAUCUACCAUCAAUAUGAGUCCUUUAGGAGACAUUACAACUGUGUGUUCUACGAGCCUACCUAUGGGAGCACACGCUACCUAGAAACAUAGACCUGGAAUGGAUCCCAAGGGUCAUCUAGUCCAAUCCCAUGCACAAUGCAGGAAAUUCAUAGCUACCUCCUCCCUACUCCCCCUGCUCUAUGCCUAGAGGAAGGCAGAAAACUUCUAGGAUUCUCAGCCAAUCUGGCCUGGAGGAAAAUUCCUUUCUGACCUCAAAGUGGCAAUUAGCAUUACCUUGGGCACAUAAAAAAGGGCCACAAGAACAUAGCACUGGCUCAUCAUUUCCCCUCAUCAUCUGCCUAAAUUAAUAUUCAUUUAAGGUCAUAGAAGCUGUCAGAUGGCCAUCUAGCUUCUUUUUAAAGCCUUCAAAGAAGGAGCGCUCAUCAUCUGAGGAAGCCUGUUCUACUGAGGGACCGCUCUAAUUGUCUAAUGUUUAGCCAAAAACUCCUUUGAUUUAAUUUCAACCCAUUGGUUCUGGUCCGACCUUCUGGGGCAAUGGAAGACAACUCCGCACCAUCCUCUGUAUGACAGCCCUUCAAGUCUUGAGGGCUAUCAUAUCUCUCAGUUACCUCCUCUCCAGGCUAGACAUAUCUAGUUCCUUCAACCUUUCCACAUAGGACUUGGUCUCCAAACCCUUCACCAUCUGUGUUUACCUCCUUUGGGCAUGUUCCAGGUUGUCAACAUCCUUCAACUGUGGUGCCCAAAACUGAACACAGUGCUCCAAGUGAGGUCUAACCAGAGCACAGUAAAGUGAUACCAUCACUUCAUAUGAUCUGGACAGAAUAAUUAUGUUGAUACAGCCCAAAAUUGCAUUUGCCUUUUUAGCUACAGCAUCACACUGCUGACUCAUGUUCAGUGUAUGGUCUACUAAAACCCUAGAUACUUUCUCAUGUACUACUGCCAAGACAAGUAUGUUUUUGCCUUUUCCUACCUAAAUGCAGAUCUUUACAUUUGUCUCUGUUGAAAUUCAUUUUGUUUGUUGUAGCCCAGUUUUCCAGCCGGUCAGGAUCAUCCUAAAUCUUGAUUCUGUUUUCUACAGUAUUUGCUACUCUUCUCAGUUUAGUAUCAUCUGCAAAUUUAAUUAGCAUCCCCUUUAUUCCUUUAUCCAAGUAAUUGAUAAAGGCAUUGAAAAACACAGGGCCCAGGGGAGAUCCUUGAGGCUUUCCACUUGUCACUCCUCUCCAAGAAGAUGAGGAACCAUUUACAAGCACUCUUUGGGUGCAAUCUGUCAACCAGUUACAAAUCCUCCUAACAGUAAUAGGAUCCAAACCACUUUUUACCAACUUGUCAACAAGAAUAUCGUGUGGAACCUUAUUUACUAAAUGCUGAAGAGCUGACUGAUGAUUUGUUCUAAAACAUUUCCAGGUAAGGAUGUCAAGCUGAUGGAUCAGCAGUUACUUGGACCUUCUUUUUCCCCUUCUUGAAGACGGGGACAACAUUGGACCCCCUCCCCCCCAGUCUUCUGGCACCUCGCCCGUUCUUCAGAAGUUCUUAAAGAUGAAAGACAGAGGCUCUGCAAUUACAUCAGUGAGUUCCUUUGGUGCCCUAGGAUGCAAUUCAUCUGACCCUAAGGACUUAAUUUCAUUUUAAAAAGCUAGGUGUUCAUGUCCCACCCUAUGCCUAUGCUAGGCUACAGCUCCGUUCUUUCAUUAGGGGGGGGGGGGGUUCCGACAGUUUCCCUGAUAAGAAAAGACCAAGGCAAUGUAGGAAUUGAGCAGUCCUGCCCUCUCUUUAUCACCUGUUAAAAUUUCACUUUCUUCUCCUUGCAGUGGGCCUGCCACUUCCUUGUUUUUUUUCUUGCUCUGAACUUAACCAAAGAACCCCUUUUUUGUUGUUUUGCAUCUCUUGCUAGCCUAAGCUCAUACAGAGCUUUAGAUUUUCUAAUGCUCUCUCUACAAGCACUGGCAAUUUUUUUAUAUUCAUCCUCGGUCAUAUGGCCCUCCUUCCAUUUCUUAAGCCUGCAGUGUUCCUGAUAUGAGCAGCCAACAUUUUGAGUGAAAUAGGGUAGCAAUCACCUAGAGCAAAAAAGAACGUGAUGUUCUCGAAAACUGAUGCAUUGCCCUAGUCAUACGAAACAGUGAACAGAUGUAUUGGAAACAUCACAGGUCACUUGUGUUCCUGUUGGUGAGUAUGCGUGGUUGUAACCAUCUAAAGGACUGUGGUUAGAGCAGUUUAUGAGUGGUUAUCUAUCAGGGUAUUGGUGUUCCUCCAUUAUUGGAAGAGGACGUUGCUAGUAGUGAAGCCUAAUUCUAAGUUUUAAAAUCCUAUGACUUCCUGACUCCAUGCCAUAAGAUUCUUUUAAAAAGCUUUGGGGCCACUGGAAGCUGGAUUUCACAUUGGUAUAAUCUAUUCACUGUUGACUCAAAACUUGCUUUAAAUUGGAGACAUGACUUGCAAGACAGAGAUUAUCCUGUGGCUUCCGUGAACGCUCUUUGUUUUGGCUGUCUGUGGUAAAAUUACUGGAGUAACACUGGGGAAAGCAGUGAGUUGCUACUGUUUGUUCAGAUUAAUUGGAAUGGUUAGGAAAGCUGUGGUAGGAUAUGCCACCCCAGGGUCUGCCCUAAUCCUGAGGCCAGGGGAGAUUGAUGUUGGUGGGAGCACCCACUGAGGCAGCAGCAACCAUAUUAUACACCAGGUAAAGUAUAAAAGAGAGUUUUGGAACUAAACUAAAUGUUCAGCAGCGACAGGACUGGCCAUCUUGGUUGCCACAGAAGUAUGGCACAACUAUGGGGAGGGGCUGUGCAGAGAGGAGGAGCCAUGUGAAGGGGAGGAGCUAAGCAAUGGGGUUCCUAGUCCUCCUGGAUCUGCUGACCAGCUUCUUCGUUCCUGAGUCCUGUUGAUACUAAUGGGACAGUUAAAGCACAUUCUUAAUUCUCUACAUUGAACACAACAGAACUUUUAAAAGUGUGUUAGCUA